CGAUGGAGAUGGAAGAGGCAGAAGGGUCGUUCCCCUUCCCAACGUACGAGGGCGCAUACUACGUGCAAAGCCCUUCCACCGUCUCUCAUGCCUACUACAGCAACCACGAGCGACUCUCCACAUCCUUCCUCAGCCAUCCCAAUCCCACCCAACAAGCCAUCUCCUCCUCCACAUACGCCCUCUCUCGCCACUCCUCCCGCUUGUCCAACGACGCCUCGGCCUUAUUGCCACAAAAUGUGAACGAUCCCGACCCCAUGGUUUCGGAUGAUGGCGAGAAGUGCCUCAUCGGAUUUGGUGGGGACAUGGGCGGCCAUGAUGAUGAGGAGGAGGACGUGUUUUACCAAGAGAAAGUGGAGUGGUGGAGGUACUUGUCCUUCGGUCUUUAUCCCUCGUCCAAUUCCUGGAUUUUGUUGCAGUUAAGUUGGAGGAUGAUGAUGAGCUUGGGAGUGGCGUUGCUCGUUUUCUAUUUAGCCACCAAACCCCCAAACCCCAACGUUUCCGUUAAGGUGGACGGGAUCCCAAAUUUUGCAUUGGGGGAGGGAGUGGACAACACGGGAGUGUCCACAAAGAUCUUGACCUGCAACAUAUCGAUGCGACUUUGGGUGGACAACAAGUCGAAGCUCUUCGACCUUCACAUUCAACCCCCGAUCAUUCACCUCUACUUCGGUCGCCUACCUCUCGCCAUUGCUCUUCAUGGUGGGGAAUUAUAUGCCGGGAGCGGUGAGACGACGACGUUUGGGAUGUACGUAGGGACGAGGAACAAGGCGAUGUACGGGGCGGGGGGGAGCAUGCAAGACAUGCUGGAGGGAAGCAAGGGAGGCCUGGCUCUGAGGGUUGGGGUGAGAUUGAGAUCUAACAUCCACGUGGUGGAGGGACUGGUGCACGUCCAGUUCCAUCACCAAGCCCACUGCUUGGUGUUGCUGUCCAAAGCCGACGACGCCCAAACAUUCCACAGCAACUGCACCCUCGUCCCUCCUACAGCUUCUUGAUCAAUUCAUGCAUGCGCCUGAUUGAGGCAAAGUCAGCACGUCUUUAUCUCCACAAAUCUAACAUAGGAGGUGCAAAAUUUUGCGAAGUUCUGAAGCUCUUGAUGAAAUUCCUUCCAUCUAUUAAGACGUGAAGGAGCAAAGUUUUGAAAGUAUG